AUGGCGAAAGAUUUACAUACAUUGCAAAAAGGUGCUGUCGUCGAGCACAUUGCCAAAGCCCAUAACCUGAAAGGUCAACCGCCUGAAGCGAGCAUAGAAUCUUUGGCAACAACCAUUCGUUUCGUCACGCUGAACUGCCGAACACUAUCGAGUGAAUUCCAACAAGCCGCUCUAACCAGACUUCUGCGAUACUUCUGUGUUUCUUUUGCCGCACUGCAGGAAACACGCAUGAAAGAUCAGUCCGUCGUCAGCAUCGAAAAUUACACCACAUACUGCGUCGAUGCUGAUGAGAACAAAAUAGGUGGCUGCGCGAUAGCUGGUCGCAGAGGACGUAAACUCCUGAUCGUAAGUGCUCACGCACCUACGGAAACCGCUGAGGACACCAGUAAGGAUGCCUUCUAUGAUGAACUCAAUGCGUUGAUGUCCAAAAUGUCAAGCCAGCAGGUGGUCAUUGUCGGAAUCGACGCAAAUGCGAAGAUGGGACUAGAACAGCAAUCCGAUGUGCUAGAAAAAUGGUAUUAUCCAGCGGAGCGCACGUCGGACAAUGGUGACCGUCUGGUCGACUUUUGCGAACAGACGGGCCUCAUCAUCGCUUCCACGUUUAAGAGGAAUCAUCGACGCCAUCAGCUCACGUGGCAGGGGUCAACCCUUUUAACGCCUGAAGAGCAGCGCAAGCGGAAGAUGAGGACUCUUAAGCUUCAGCUCGACUACGUUCUGACGAGGAACAUUUCUCAGUCAGAUAUCCGAAAAUCUAGAGCUGUUUGGGACGUCGCGUUCGACUCUGACCCCCGUCCAGUUCUUCUCAGCUUCAAGAUACGGUUCCACAAGAGAAACCGAGGAGUUCCUCUUCAACCAAAAAUCGACUGGCAGGACGCUGCAAUUGAAACGCUCGCGGUUCUAUUGUCGCGGAAGAAGUUUGCCUUUGCAUUUGCGGAAACAAAAUCCAUAUACAAUUCUGUAUUUGUCAAGCACAGCGCUGGUGACUUCAACCAGGAAAAGCGUCUUAGAAUUAAGCUGCGUCGUCAACUGCAACAAGACCACGAUAACGAGUGGACGUCAAGAGCGAUGGAGUUUGAAAAGGCGUGGGAGGACAGGAACCCGCGGAACGCCUAUGCUCUACUAAAACAGUAUAGCGGCAGAAUGAAAAGAUGUUCCCCUGUCCUCAACACUGCCAAUGAGACUUUGCUGAAUCGGCUAGCACCGUCAGCUCCUGAACUCGAACACGUUCAUAGACCGACAUAUGCGGUUAACGAGGAGCCACCGACCGAGUCGGAAUUCGUGGUCUGUAUUCAAAAAAUGAAAAGUAGAAAAUCUGGUGGAGACGACGGGAUUAGCGCAGAAAUGCUAAAAUAUCUUCCUCCGUCUGGGAUUCGUGAGAUGACAAAGAUGAUCCGUUCAAUAUGA